ACUACGACUUAUAGAUAUUUCCAUUCAUUCUUUGUUUAUCGCAAAUUGAAAUCGUGUGUUUUUUUUUUAAAUUUAUUAUUGCUUAAGUUGAAUUUUUGCACGAAUAAAUUAUCUUCUUUUUAAGAUAUAAAAGAAAACAAAAUAAUUUUCUCUUGCUUGUGAAAAGAAUUUGUUUGAAUUAUAAUUUAUAAAAAGAAGUUUUUUAUUUGAAAAAAAAAGAAGUAAAUUUUCUCCUACUUGCGGCGAAAAUUAAUAAAAUUGUUGAAAUUUGAAAAUUUAAAAAAGCAACAAGUGAAUAAAAAGUGAAUAUUACGUUAUAAAAUAAUGACGAAAAUAACAUUAUUGGACAGUAGUUUAGCUUAUCAAUUAUCAUCGCAUGUUGGUGAAAAAAUCGAUGGUGAUCCAUUAUGGACAGCGAGAUUUUUAGUUACAAAUCCUAAUGCUAUUUUGGCAAUGCAUCUUGAUUUUUUACGUGCAGGAUGUAAUAUUAUUUGUACAAAUACAUAUCAAGCUUCUGUUACCGGUUUUAUUAAAUAUCUCAAUAAAACCGAGGAAGAGAGUAUUAAUUUAAUUAAAAGUGCUGUAAAACUUGCACAAAGAGCAAUUGAAAUUUAUAAAGAGGAAACAAAAGACACUGAUGUACCGAAUAAAAAUCCACUAAUUGCCGGUGCAUGUGGACCAUAUGGAGCAGCACAACACGAUGGCUCCGAGUACACUGGACUAUAUGGAAAAUCGAUUUCACCAACUAUACUCCUUGAUUUUCAUCGAAUUCGAAUAAAAGCCCUUAUUGACGCUGGCGUUGAUCUACUUGCAUUGGAAACAAUUCCCUGUCGCGAGGAAGGCGAUGCACUCGUUAAUUUACUAAAAAGCGAAUUUCCCACAAUAAAAGCGUGGCUUUCAUUUUCAUGUCGUGAGGAUGGCAAUAAUAUUGCCGAUGGUUCUAAUUUUCAAGAAACGGCAAUUCAAUGUUACAAUAGAUCUCAACCUAAUCAAAUUUUGGCAAUUGGUGUCAAUUGUCUUUUACCAAAAAUUGUCACUUCACUAUUUAAGGGCAUUAAUAGUGAAGCGAGGGAUUUUAUUCCAUUGAUUGUUUAUGCAAAUAGUGGUGAAAAAUAUUUUCCCAAUGAGAAAAAAUGGAAAAUGGUCCAAGACUCAUUGCCAUCGGAAUAUUUUGUGAAAGAAUGGAUUGAUCUUGGUGUACGAUACAUUGGUGGAUGUUGUCGUACAAAUGUUACGAAUCUCAAGAAAAUUGCUGAUGAAAUUCAAGCCUGGAAGGACGAGAGGGAAAUUAAUGUUUAAAAGUCAGAUGAAGGUGGAAA